AUGGCUGCUAAACAAACAUCUUCAAGAUGGUGGUUCUGGACCAAAGUCCUGAUGGGUGGCGCUGCUGUCGCAGUCGGUGGACCAGCCUUUACAAUGUGGUUAACUCCCACCGAGGAAGAGCUUCGAUCGAGAUACAACCCUGAAUUGCGGAAGAAGAGUUUGGAAAACCGUGAGGAGCGACAACAAGAGUUUGACGACUUCGUGACUCGACUGAAGGAAUACUCCAAAUCGGAUAAACCAAUCUGGAUUGUUGUGAAAGAAGAAGAGGAGCGAAAGCGCAAGGCCGCCGCCGCCGCCGCGAAAGCCUCUCAGAAGGAUGCAGACACUCGACGAGAAGAGAUGAGGAGAGAGGCAGGCCUUGACGCAAAAUAG